AUGGCGCCCAAACCGCCCACAAAGGGCAAAUCAAAACUUCCUACUUCGCGCAAAUCCUCUACUACUUCCUCCAAAUCUUCCAGACCGUCGUCCUCCUCCUCGUCAAAGUCCAAGCCAGUUCACCGUCCGACCAAACAAGUCAAAACAAAACCUGCCUCGGCUACUCUAUCCUCAUCGGCACUCUCCAACACAAAGAAGAAGAAACAACGCGUCUACACCGACAAAGAACUCGAUCUGCCAAAACUCAAUAUGAUUACUCCCGCCGGCGUCACCAAACCUGCCCGGGGAAAGAAGAAGGGCAAGGUCUUUGUCGAUGAUCAUGAGAGUAUGAUGACAAUCCUAGCAUUGGUCAAUGCUCAGAAGGAGGGUCAGAUUGAGAGUAAAAUGAUGAGAGAAAGAAAGUUGGAAGAAAUCCGGGAGGCUCGAAGAAUCGAAGCUGAGAAGAGGAGUCAAGGCAAGAGAGAGAUUCUCGAGGGAAAGAUGAAGGAAGUGAAAAAGGGUAAAAAGCCCAAAGGCGAUCGGACCGGUGACGUGCAGAAAGCCGCUGCAGCCCAAGAGGAGAGAGGAGAGAAGUCAAAGUCAAAGAGCAAGAAAAGAGUGUCGUUUGUUUGA